AUGGCCUGCCAAACCCAAAGACCAAUAGACCAUCGCCAUAUAUGCACUCAUACAGUACACCAAGUCACCAAACACCGCUUUUUGCUUUUCAAAUCAAGUGUCUCUCUCUGUCUUUACCGAAACAUGGAUUCAUUACCACCACUUUCAUCAAUGGCAAGUCGCCCGAUCAUGCCUCAAGUUGGUGUUGCUGCUGAUGAUCGCACAUCAGAGGAGGAUGUCUGCAGUAUAUGCCUCGACGCUUUUGAUUCCCAGGAUAACCCUCCCACUAUAACCACCUGCAAGCAUGCAUUUCAUCUCCAGUGUAUUCUUGAGUGGUCACAAAGAAGUAAAGAAUGCCCAAUAUGCUGGCAGUUGAUUGUGUUAAAGGAUCCAACCAGUCAAGAGCUUCUAUCAAUGAUUGAGGAUGAAAGAAGCAUGAGAUCCAUUCUCACUGUUCGCCAUAUAUACGAGGAUCCUGAAGUUGAUCAUGAAGUUGAAUACAAUGAUACCCAUUUUGAAGAAGAAACUAUGAGAAGUUUUGGUAGCAGAAGGCACAAACAGAGACUUUCAGGAGUUGGCCCUUCGGUUCCAAGGGCAGAUUCGUCAAUUGCACAGGAAGUGUAUACUCCACUUGAAGAAUUCCACAGUUUAGGCUAUGCUUCAUCACAGGAUAACAGAGAUUCCCACACUAACCCUAGAGUUGUUGAAAGUGAGUCACCAAAUGGAAGAGCAAUAGCAGCUGAUAUGCAUGCAUUCUCAGAGUCUGUUAAAUCUAAGUUUUCUGCUGCUUCAGCAAGGUAUAAGGAAUCUUUCUCAAAAAGCACUAAAGGUUUGAAGGAGAAAUUACUUGCUAAAAAUAGCCCAGUUAAAGAGUUAAGCAGAGGAGUUCAGCGAGAAAUGAGUGCAGGAAUUGCUAAAAUUUUUGAACGCUUGGAUCCCACUUCAAAAAAAGCUUCUCCUUCAUCUAACCCAAUCACUUUUAAAGGAAAAAAUUCACAAGAUAAUGACCCGUGUAGAUCCGUUCAGAAUGUGAUUUGAUGGGUGUUUCACUUGCUAAAGGAAGUUGAAAAUCGCGCUCUACUUCUACAAGUGAUAAUAGCAAAGUGACAUACACUGAUGAACGGAUCUCCCAUAACAUCAAUAAGUGUAUUUGACAUUGUUUCGAGGUGGCUUAUGUUUCUAAAAACAAUGACUACAAUUUUGUGUGUGGUUAGGAUUAUUACUAAAACAAUAUGGGUGAGAAGGAAAGAG